AGAACUACGUGGGGUGUGACAGCGAGAAGGCUCCAUUCUUCCUGUCUGUCGUGCUAACAGACGCCAACAACCAGUGUGUGCCUCAGUACAGAGCUAUACUCUGGCGGAAGACGGGCGCCCAGAGGAUCAGUCUCAGCUACACUCCUAACAAGCCGAUGACGGUGAAGCAGAUACUGAGCAACUUUCAAAAUAUGGACAAGUUGGAGAAGGGGCCCAAGGAGAUCUUCACUCAGGAGAUACAAAAGGACCUGCUACUUCUGGAGGAACAAGAAGGAUCCGUCAAUUUCAAGUUCGGGAUCCUGUACAUGAAGAGUGGCCAGACUUCUGACGACGAGAUCCUCAGUAAUGAGGGCGGUAGCCGAUACUUCGACAAGUUCCUGGGUCUCCUGGGAGAAAAAGUACGCCUCCGAGGUUGGGACAAGUUCAGAGGAGGCCUCGAUGUCAAAGGUGACAUGACUGGGAAACACUCGGUGUACACCAUCUACGAAGGUCACGAGAUCAUGUGUCACGUCUCCACCAUGCUGCCCUUCUCCAAGGACAACAAACAACAGGUGGAGAGGAAACGACACAUCGGGAACGACAUCGUCAACAUCGUGUUCCUGGACGGCAGUGUGGAAGACAUGGCCAACUUCUCACCGUCGUUCAUCAAGUCCCAGUUUACUCACGUGUUCGCCUUGGUGUCGUACCUGCCAGAGGAGGACGCCUAUCGUCUUCAGGUGUACUCUGAGGAGACGGUGCCUCUCUUCGGCCCCUCCCUGCCCUGCCCACCACUAUUCUACAACCAGGAGGAGUUCCGCGAGUUUCUUCUCGUUAAACUGAUCAACGGGGAGAAGGCCACGUUCAACACUCCCAUCUUCUCCCAGAAGAGAGAAAGGACCUUGGACAUGCUUAUUAAGGACUUGUAUCAAGAACACAUCAAUGAUAACAGAGGGACAAUGCUGAACAGACGAGCCUUUAGCGACGUGCUUCCUGAUCCACCAAGGUCAUCAAGGAGGAAGGAGGAGGCAAGACAGGUGGAGUUCGUGAGGUUCGGUCAAGCCCUGAAGCUUGACACUAUUGUCAAGGGUGACGCUCCUACCUCCCUGGCCACCACUGGCCUCUUCAAGCGUACGUUAACAGAGGGCUCUAAUGGUUCCCCUUCCAACUCCACCACCGCUCUUCAUGCCAGGCCGUGGGAGCCACAAUGCUGCUAUCCUGUUCCCUACGAGGUGACCUGCGGUGACUCCUGGGGAGAUACCCGCCUUCUCCUAGCCACCGCGGAGGGUGUCUUCUUAGUCGAAGAGGGCGUGGCGCACCGUCUCAUUUUUGACAAGAGUGUCCAAGUCAAACAACUGAGCGUCGUCGAGGCCCACGGUAUCCUCCUCCUCAGGGCUGAUAAAGGUCGUGACGGGAAGAUCCACGUGUUCCGACUUUCUGACUUCGAGGGGGAUGAGGAGCGCAUCAAGGGCAAGGUUGACCUCAAGGAUCACCGUCUGGAAAAGACCAAAGGCUGCCACCUGUACGCUAUCUCCCGGCCCGGAGGCUCGCACCUCAGAAUGGUGGUGGCGGUGGGACGGAAGCUGUUGAUACUACAAUGGCGUCACUCUGCAGCGUGGACAGCCUGGUGUCCAGCCUCAGACACAGACACAGUCGAAGGUUUCCAGUUUAUCAGAGAGGUGUGUGUGUCUGAGGCUCCAACCAUUAUCACACUGGUCGACUCACCGCUCGUCUCCUCUGCUGGCGGACUCACCGAUAACAAGAUCUGUAUUGGUUUCAAGCAUCACUGGGACCUGGUGAGCGAGAGGACAGGAGAAGUCACCAGACUGCACCAUGUGGAAGCCUCCAAGGUCAACCUCGUGGCCGCCCUUGACAUUUACGAGGACGACGAGGCCGAACUUCUCCUCUGCUACAACAACACCUGCCAUUUUCAAAAGCUGACGGAGGACUGCUCUAACGAGUUCGACUUCCAGUGGAACUCUGUACCAGAAGCCAUUGUGUGUGCCUUUCCCUACAUCCUCGCCUUCACUCAGGACAGUAUAGAGAUCAGACUUAUUAUCAACGGGAACCUGGUGCAAACUAUGGUGAUGCCUCGCCUGGCCUUCAUCACUUCCAAGAGUGACAUCUUCUUCGCUACCACGGCGCCUGAGUUCUUUACACUCAAGAGGGAGAGAGUGAGGGUGGACAGGAUGGAAAGGGAUCCCAGCCUCUCCCCGCCUCCCUCGCCACACAGCAAGGAGUGCACAGUGUUGGACAGAGACGCAGUGAAGCCCUUCCGGGUAUACCGCAUUCCCUUCCGGUGUCUUACUGGCACCACCAGCUGUGAGCGGCGGUGUCCCACGCCCUCCACGCCCCUCCACCCGCCCGUCCUGGGCGCCAGCGAGGGGUGUGUGGGCGGCGGGGGCGUGGACAGCGGCAGUGACGGGAGCGGUGGCGGUGGCGGCGGCGGCGGCGGGGGGCGGGCGGGGAUGCACCUGCGAGUGACGGACCAGCGCUACGGCAGCAGGUCGUGUACAGCGUCGCCGACACACCAACCCUCGCCGCCCAGUCCAUUCUCUGUGCCGCCCGCGCCAGGCUCGGCACCGCCCCUGGGCGUGCCCCUGGCCUCCGCCGCCCACCACCCGCCCUACCAGAAGCCCAGAGACCGAACCAACUCCCUCACCGUGGACUCCGCCAGCAGCCUCCUCCACCACCAUCACCACCACCACCAAGGGCGUCCCAACCUUCUCCACCACCACCACCAUCACCACCACCACCACCAGCAACAACAGCACCACCACCACCACCACCCGCCCGUCAAGUGAAGAAUACACACGUGCUGUGUGCGUCACCGCUAUAUUGUGUGUGUGUGUGUGUGUGUGUGUGUGUGUGUGUGUAUUUACCUAUUUGUGGUUGCAGGGGUCGAGUGCUGGUCACCCACACAUCCUGCUAAGGAACAACAACUGAUAUUGCAGAUGAGGGAGUAAAAUGUUCUGCAGCUUCCAUGUUCCUCCAGCCCUGACAGCGGCCCCUGGCGCCUGCUGCUGGUAACUGUACCAUCCUGUUCCUGCCCACCGCCCCAUCCUGUUCUUGCCCACCGCCCCAUCCUGUUCUUGCC